AUGGCUCACACAAACGAAUCAGUGGUGUCUGAGUUUGUGCUUUUAGGGCUCUCUAAUUCUUGGGAACUUCAGCUUUUCUUCUUUGUCAUCUUCUCUAUAGUGUAUGUGACAGCAGUGCUUGGCAACAUCAUGAUUAUUGUUAUCAUUUCCUCAGACUCCCAUUUGAAAUCUCCUAUGUACUUCCUUCUCAGUAACCUUUCUUUCAUUGAUAUCUGCCAGUCUAACUUUGCCACCCCCAAGAUGCUUGUGGACUUUUUUGUUGAGCACAAGACUAUUUCCUUUGAGGGUUGCAUGGUCCAGAUAUUCCUUCUUCAUAGUUUUGUUGGUAGUGAGAUGAUUCUACUUGUAGCUAUGGCAUAUGACAGAUUUAUAGCCAUCUGUAAGCCCCUACACUAUACCACAAUUAUGAAUCAGAGACUAUGUUUAAUUUUUGUGUUUAUUUCCUGGGCUGUAGGUAUUCUUCAUUCUGUGAGCCACUUGGCUUUUACAGUGGAUCUGCCAUUCUGUGGCCCCAAUGAGGUAGACAGUUUCUUUUGUGACCUUCCCCUGGUGAUAGAGCUGGCUUGUGUGGAUAUUUAUGAAAUGGAAAUCAUGACCCUAACUAACAGUGGCCUGAUAUCACUGAGCUGUUUUCUGGCCUUAAUUAUUUCCUACACCAUCAUUUUGAUCACUGUCCAGCGCCGGUCCUCCAGUGGGUCAUCCAAAGCACUUUCUACAUUAACUGCCCACAUCACAGUGGUGAUUCUCUUCUUUGGGCCUUGCAUUUAUUUCUACAUAUGGCCUUUCAGCAGACUUUCUGUGGAUAAGUUUCUUUCCGUGUUCUACACUGUUUGUACACCCCUGUUAAACCCCAUCAUCUACUCUCUAAGAAGUGAAGAUGUUAAAUCAGCCAUGCGCAAGUUGAGAAACCAUCAUGUGACUUCUUGGAAAACAUAG